ACAGUAGGCCGGGGAUGAACUUUCUUCACUCUUCAGAAACUAUCAGUCCCAAAUCCUCGCUUCCACUAUUUGGUCCCAAAAAUUUCCUCUCCUGAACUCUAGAUCUGGAUCUAGGAGUGUGACAACAUCCUGCAGCCCCAAAGCACCGUGUCGCAUGCCCGAUCUCGAACCGAGAUCAAUCGGCGAUGGAAUCGGAGCCGGCCGCGCUGCCCGACGACGCGCUCGCGGAGGUCCUCCGGCGUCUCCCGCCGCACAUCCUGGCCAAGGCCCGGCGGGUGUGCAAGGCGUGGCGCGACGCCGUCGACGGCCGCGUGCGCGGCAACCUGCUUCCGCGCUCGGUGCGUGGCAUCUUCAUCAACUUCGCCGCGAAUCACUACUCGGAGUUCUUCGCCCGCCCCUCCACGGGCCCGGCGAUCGACGGAGGGCUCGGUUUCCUGCCCUGCGCGGGCGUCACGGUCACGGGCCACUGCGACGGCCUUCUGCUUUGCCGCGAGUCGCGGGACGAUGCACCGCCGCGCGAGUACGUCGUCAACCCGGCCACGCGUCGGUGGGCGCGCUUGCCCAAACGACCCCCGCCGCACAUGCCAGGAUUCGAGCAGACCGCCUACCUCGCGUUCGAGGCCGCCGUGUCACCGCACUACCAGGUCUUUCUGAUCCCACGCGUGCCACUGCGACGACUGCCAGCCGACGGGGAAUCCGACGACGAGGACCCGUUGCUCCAGUCGGAGUGGCCUCCAACGUCAUACCUCAUCCAUGUGUUCUCGUCGGUGACUCAGCAAUGGGACGAGAUGACCUUCCUUCGGGAAGGGGAGGCUGCAGGGAUCGUCGCCAACAUGGAGUGGAAUUCUUGGUAUAAGCACUGUCGUUUUUAUGCCGUCUACUGGCAAAGCACGCUCUACAUCCAUUGCACGAAUGGCUAUCUUAUCGCCAAGGCCAAGCGUACAAGGGCAACUCCGGUGGCGUCUUGUGCUCCUAGCGCUCGCGCCAAGGCCAAGCUUGAAGACAUGACCUCUCUGGAAAGUGCCAAGCUCCGUGCUGCUGACAAGAACAUGGACACGACAGACGUGGACCCCGCUGGGGAAGGAGCGCGAUGCUGAGCGUAUGACAGCUGCCAUGGCGCGUAUCAAGACGAUUCAGAUGAUGGCAAGACAAAACCUGGCGAGUUGAUGAAGCUUGGAAGUUCUCCAUGGAGUGUUGAGUCAUUUAGGUCAUUGCACUGGCUGGUCCGUGAUGUUUAUUUUGUUGUGAUGAACCUUGCUUGUUUUGCUGUCUUGUUGGGUGUGUUGCUGACUUUUUUAUGGUGUAACCAUUGAACCUUGGUGCCUUUCGGGCUUUAUUAAUUUAAAGUCGGACGCUUCUAGCGUCUUCGUUUCA